AAGACAUUCCUUGACACUUUGACCGCUGAUGAAGUAAAUGUUAACGGAAAACUGAAUGGAAUAGACCCAAAAAAUGUCUUAACUCGUUCGACUAAUCAAAGUUUGCCGGGAAAAUUUAUAUUUUCUAACAUGAAAGUACUAGAAAAAAUUACAGUGAAAGGAGCAAUUAUAGAACCACAUACAACAGAUUUAUUAACAAAUCCCACUUUGAUGGAGGUAAAUGAAACAAAAUCCAAAAUUAAUUUCAAACAAUUGGAAGUUCGUGGAAACAUCAUCAUUUUAGACACUUUCAAUGGAAAAUCGUUUCAGAACAUGUUAGGCGACGUAAUUUACCAGGAUGAUAAAGAAGCUGAUAUAGUAUCAUUAAAAGCAUUUCCGGAAGGUUUUACAGUGGACCGAGGUCUCACUAUAGAAUCCAACACUAUCAAUGGAAUUCCUCUGGACGCUUUCGUCACCAAAGACACCGAACAAGAUUUGGUUUUUUCUACAUUAAACGGAGAUGUCGUUAUUGAAAACCUCUUUCUAACUGGCUUCUAUGGGGGCCUAAACAUCUCAAAAAUGGCCGACGAAGCAGUAAGAUUAUCAGGAGAGCAAUUUGUGUCUGGAGAAUUAAUUUUUAAAAACGAAGAUCCAAAUGCUAUUGAUAUUGCAAGCAAAAAAAUCGAAGUUUUAGAUUUCUUAAAUGGAGUACCUAUUGAAACAAUAUUAAUGAGAAAUAACGAUAUCAUACAAUUAUUCGAUGAAUCGAGUGACGUUAGAGUAAAUGUUCUUGAAGUUCAGGGAUCGUUUGAAAGUAGAAAGCUAAAUUUAGAUUUAGAAAACUUGAAUAAAAACAGAUUAAGCGUUACCAAAGAUCAGGAAAUAGAUUUUCCUUUUACUGUCAACGCAAGCGAUAUUGCCCGUAUAGAAGCCGAUUUAAUUAAUGGUAUUCCCUAUAAUAAACUAUUUGAUCCAAAUCAUUAUAUCAACUUCAUUACAACACAGUUAAUCAACGGAAGAUUACAUGUUGAAGAAAUGGAAGUGGAUAAUUUAAAAGUUGGAUCCAUUAAUGAUGUUAAUUUGAAUAUAUUUAUGAUUAAUAAUGAUUUCUCGUUUCUUAACGUUAGUUUUGGAAAGAAUCUGCUUAUUCUGGGCGACGUUGCAAUGAAGAGACUAACAACUAAAUAUUUUAAUAACGUUCCCUUUGAUUUAUUUGCCCGUAAUAUUAUUUAUAAAGAUGAAAAAAUUGUAACAAUCACUGGAUAUAAAAAUUAUUUGAAUGGUUUUCGAGUUAUAGAAAAAAUGUAUACACAUCAUAUUAACGGAAUACCUAUUGACGAUAUUCUCACAAAGAACGAUCCGCAAAGUGUGGCAAGUCCACUACAUAUUUACGGAAAUGUUCUUAUAACGACCGAUUGUCAGAUAAAAGACACACUGAACAACGUUUCUCUGGAAUAUCUAAAAACAGCGUUUAGAACGCAAGAUGGGGUUUUCAUUAUACGAGAUAACGUAUCCUUUGAACAUGAAACACAUAUAGAUCAUCUGUACUUGGAUGGUCCGAUUAAUCAGCUUAAUUUUGAACAUAUUACUAAUGAAGAAGGUGGAACUUUUGAAAAUUCUAAUUAUUUCAACAAUGUCACAUUCAAAGAUACGGUCCACAUCAAAGGAAACUUAACAAUUUCGAAUUUUAUAAAUGGUAUUAAUCUGAACGACUUCUUGGACAGUAUAGUUUUCAAAAAUGUCUACAGCGAAAUAAACGGAUUAGUUAUUUUUAAGGAAACCGUAGAUAUUACAGAAUCACUUUUUUCAAAUCAGAAUUUAUUAAGCAGAUAUGUAUAUGAUAUUGAUUUACAAAGGUGGCAAAAAGAAGCUGUGUACAUUAACAGAGGAUAUAUAUCAGAUCAUAUUACAUUUGAUGACGUCUUUGUACGGGGUGACCUCACAGUGAAAUACCUAAACGAUAUCAAUAUGAAAAAAGUAGUACUUACCAAAACCGACGAAGAUCUCUACAGCGAUCUCGAAGUGGGACAGGCAAUCUUCUUCAACGAUGUUCAAGUAAAUGGGACUGUCAAUGGUCGAAUUCUGCAAGAAGAAUUUAGACAUUCUUUAUUGGUAUCUGGAAAUCAAGAAGUUAUAUCUCCUAUUACUUUCCACGGGGCAGUAUCCAUCCUGGGCAAUUUGGAAAUUCGUAAGCCUGUUAAUGGCCAAAAUCUAAAUAGAGUUAUUACCAUUGCUACCGAACAAAAUUUAACCGGUGGCUACAUAUUCGAUAACGAUGUUGAUGUUUUAAAAAAAUUUGUAACGUCCGGACGGAUAAAUGAUAUCGAUUUUGAUGAAUGGAAUGAACGAAGUUUGAAGAAAUACCGAAAUGGCAGCCAAAGUAUUUACGAUGAGUGGGUUGUUAAAGGAGAAAUUAAUUUUAAAUCGGAUGUGGACAGUACUGGUCUCUUAAGCGGACUUGAUAUCGUAAAAAUGGCCAACGAAUUACGACAAAUGAAGAAAGAUUUUUCCGAAAAACAUCUAGAAAUUGUGGAUGCAACUAGAAACAUAUGUAAAGAUGUUAACUAUGUAUUGGCGGCCGCCAAAAAACAAAUAUAUUUCUUCAACUAUUUCGAACAACUUGAAAGUAUCAGUUUAUCUACAUCCAUUGAUACUGUACAUCAUUUUACGCAUUUAAACCAGAAUUAUUUACUAAUUAACGAAAUAAAUUCUUGCAAUUCGAACAUGUUCAAAUGGGAGAAUUCUGAGUUUGUGUACAUUAAUACUAUUGAAACUGGUACCAUUGAACAAACUGUAUCCAUUUACGACCAAAAGUUUCUCUUGCUGGUAACAAACACUAAAAGAAACUCAAGUUGUCCAAAGCACGGAACUUUUGUUUGGGAAUUUAAUAACGAUGAUUUGAUCCAACUGCAUACUUUACCAGAACACAGACAAAUUCAACAAUCUCUUAGACCUAGAACGUUUUACGGAUUAACAACUGACGGAGCCGAAGUGAUUGAAUAUUAUGCAGCUGGGAAUGAAGUUAUUAAUAUAAAAAGAUUAACAAAAUGGAGAGGUGGAUGGAUUGAAAAUGCAAAAACUUUAACCUUUCUCCCUAGAGGAUUGGGCACAGGUUUAGCUGUUUAUGAUUAUAGAACAUUGUACCGGUUACUUAGAGUUAAUAAACCCCGAGAUGAAUUCUACGAUUACGAUUAUGAAGCCAUAGAAAUAGGUACAAUCAUAACUCAAGAAAACUGUUGUCUUCCAUCGCUUAGUGAAAAUUCCGAUAUGGAAAUAAUUCACGUUGGUCACGGCGAUUCAAAGAAAACAAUGGUUGCAAUUGCUUCACACGAGGAAACCAGUAUCAAAGGAAAAUGGGAUAAUAUUAAGAUUUACGAAGAUAUCUUAAACGGCAAAGUGUUCCAUAAAAUUUCUACUUAUAAGCCUUCUUCCCUUGUUAAUAUUGAAUUUGGAAACAAUGGUGAAUCGCUACUAGUGUUUCUGGAAAAUCAAGAAGUCCUACAGGUUUACGAAUAUAAAGGAAUCGAAGGCUUUCAAAAUCGAUUGUCCAAACAAAUUACAGGACAACAGCUUUUGCACUUUUCAAUCCAAGAAAGCGGGGACAUAGAAAGAAAGCUUCUUCUCGUCAUUGGUCGGAAAAAGGUUCAUGUACUGGAGGCAAUUACUGAAGGAAAUCAACUACGUGAACCUGAUAUUGAGUGUUGAAAUUUGUGUUUUUCUUUGGUAAUUUGUAACAAAUUAUAUUGUUGUUUAUGUUUUUA